GCUGCUGCUGCUCGCGGUGGUGUUCGCGGCGACACCUCCUCCUCCGCUCGUGGGCCCGUUCAUAGCUGGACCUGUCUGAGAUUCCUGACGGGCCAUGAGGGAAUGUUUGUUUGAUUUCCGCGCGACGCCCCCAGAAGACUCAGACCAUGAGUCGGUUAGUACCUUGGACACCGCCCCUCGGUUUGUCGACUCCAGUGCCGUCUCGUCUGCACCUCCUUCCUUGCUUCCUUGCCUCCUUCAAUUCAAGGGUCCUGGCGUCGUGUAGGCGCACUUCGAUGGUCUGCGUGAAACAGCUCGCUCAUGUCUCGCGAGCAAGGGUUCAGCGUCGAGUUGGCGACAAUGUAAAACUCCAUCGAUUGGCUUGGGGGUGUAAGGGUCAUGAGACGGCGGAGACAACGCUCUCUCUGUGUCUUCUUCUUUUUUGCUUUCUGCUGCUGAAAAGUCUUGGUCGGCGACAGGCAGCAGCCGCUGGGAGAGGAAAUGCUGCAGCAAAAGUCGAGCGACAUGGACAGGAGCGACAGACCGACCAAGAAGGAAGGGCCGACCACGACCAAGCAAGACGAGGCGAGGAAGGUGCUGCUGAGUGGAUAUGCCCGGUUUACACAGCCUCAAUUUGAUGCCACUGACGUGCGCAGGCUCUCAGUAGGCCUCCGUCCACCAACAAAGCUCCAUACCUUCGGUGGCCUUACCACUUGCUGCAUGGAACCCAACUCAAUUGCCUCUUACUAAAAUAUCGAUACUUGCUACCUUUAGAAAAUACCUUGACCUCCAGCUCAUCCAAACCGCCUGCUCACUCU